UGCAGGUGUGUGUGUCUGCUUCCUCCCCCGCCACCCUCCGUCCUUACCUGUCCGGUGAGUCUGCUCCUCACACCGGAGGGACGGUGUCCAACCUGCCGCUGUGCUCCACUGAAACACCUGGGAACCGAGAGGGGACAGCAUGAGUCACAUCACACCGGAGAGGAGUUUCGAUUGAAGUUUUAGACCUUUUUUUAAUAUAGAUUAAACAGCCCGAAAAUGACACAGAGGAGGAAGAUGUUUUCCUUCCUGCGGUCAGUGAGAGACCGUCCUCCGGAGGAUAUCCACAUCUCCUCUCUGCCUCCCAGUGUUCCCACAGACCAGGAGCCAGAGCAGAACGGAGGACAAGAUAUUUCAGUCGAGGACAUGGAGGGAGAGAAAUCAGUGAUCCAGACGACGCACACACACAGAGGCUCCGCCCCCUCAGUCUUCCUCCAGAACCAGAAUAAUGAACCGGUUUCUAGUACCUACUUUGAACAAAAGGUCCCUGUUCCCGAGGAGGACAGCGAGAAGUGCUUCAGUUUCAGGAAGCUGUGGGCCUUCACGGGGCCGGGCUUCCUGAUGAGCAUCGCCUACCUGGACCCCGGGAACAUCGAGUCGGACCUGCAGUCUGGAGCUAAAGCUGGCUUUAAGCUCCUCUGGGUGCUGCUGGCGGCCACCAUCAUCGGCCUGCUGCUGCAGCGGCUCGGCGCUCGACUCGGCGUCGUCACGGGGAUGCACCUCGCCGAGGUCUGCAACCGGCAGUACCACAGGGUUCCUCGUAUCAUCCUGUGGUUGAUGGUGGAGAUCGCCAUCAUCGGCUCCGACAUGCAGGAAGUGAUCGGCUGCGCCAUCGCUUUCAACNUCGUUUCCUCCGGCAGGAUCCCGUUGUGGGGAGGCGUUCUCAUCACCAUCAUCGACACCUUCGUCUUCCUCUUCUUGGACAAAUACGGCCUCAGGAAGCUGGAGGCCUUCUUCGGUUUGCUCAUCACCGUCAUGGCCAUCACCUUCGGAUAUGAGUAUGUGACGGUGGGUCCGGAUCAGGGCCAGCUGCUGAAGGGGAUGUUCGUGCCGGGCUGCGAGGGCUGCGGCCCGGUUCAGAUGACUCAGGCCGUCGGCAUCGUGGGGGCCGUCAUCAUGCCUCACAACAUAUACCUCCACUCUGCUCUGGUCAAGUCUCGAGAAGUGGAUCGGUCGAACAAGAAAGAAGUAAAGGAGGCCAACAAAUACUACUUCAUAGAGUCGACCGUGGCGCUCUUCAUCUCCUUCCUCAUCAACGUGUUUGUGGUGGCCGUGUUCGCCGAGGCUUUCUAUGAGCGAACAAACGAAGAAGUGUACAACGUCUGCAAUCAAACGGGAAGUCCUCACUCACAUCUCUUCCCUCUGAACAAUGAGACUCUGGAGGUGAACCUCUACAAAGGGGUGCAGCUAUGUUGCUUUAUCCUGGAUUAA